GAUAUCAAAGCCAUCCAGAUUUAUCGUUCUUCCUCCAAUUCUUGUCCAGACUGUUUCUUCUCCCAUCCAAACUGUGUUCGUUCGUCUUGUCUUCCUCCUGCUAGUUUGUGGAGGAGACAAUGUUUGCCCAGAUACCACAAAACUCCCAUGGAGCAGCAUCUGCCACUAAUCCUGACCUUUAUGAGGAGGUGAAACUACACCGCACUGCCCGUGAAAGAGAAAAAUAUGACAACAUGGCUGACCUUUAUGCUGUAAUUAACACAUUACAGAGUUUAGAGAAAGCAUAUAUCAAAGAUGCUGUCCUACCAAAAGAAUAUACAGCAGCCUGUUCCAAACUGUUAGUCCAAUACAAGGCAGCAUUCAAACAAGUACAAUGUAAUGCCUUUCCCACUGUUGAAGACUUUAUGAAAAAAUACCGUCUUGACUGCCCUGCUGCCUUGGAACGGAUAAAAGAGGAUCGCCCAAUUACCAUCAAAGAUGAUAAAGGAAACACAAGCAAAUGUAUUGCUGAUAUUGUAUCACUUUUUAUUACAGUUAUGGAUAAACUAAGAUUGGAAAUCCGUGCUAUGGAUGAGAUUCAACCAGACCUUCGUGAAUUAAUGGAGACUAUGACGCGUCUAAGUUUAUUACCUCAAGACUUUGAAGGAAAAGAAAAAGUAUCAAAAUGGUUGACAACACUCAGUGCAAUGCAUGCAUCAGAGGAACUCAACGAUAACCAAGUGCGGCAAAUGUUGUUUGAUCUGGAGAGUGCAUACAAUGAUUUCAACCGUAUGCUGCACGAUAACAUCUAAUGUAAAAGAAAAAAAUAUAUAUAUAUAUUCAUACCUAUUAUAAUGGAGCACAAUGGAGCCAGUUUCUAAGUAUAAAUCUAUUCUGUUAACAAAACAAGCAAAACCUAAUAUUUUUAAACAAUAUUGACAAUAGUAAAGUAAAUCUUGCAUAGAAACAUUUAGCAAUCAUUUCAUAAUUCUUUUUUUUUAAUGCUUAUUUAUCUGGGCAUCCUUCCAAAAACUUAUUUAAUAUAAUAUGUACACCAUCUCAUGGAAGAGCACCUCAGAUAAAAGGUCUUUCUAAUCCUUCUCUGAUCUUUAGAAAAACAUGAUCUACUCAAUCAUAUGUACAUCCAUAAAAAAAUAAUUCAAUUCUAAUUGUUUUCUGUUAAACAAUAAGUAUAAUCCAAACAAAUUAGCAAUUAGAUUUCUCUCUUGUGAUACCAUUUAUAGAUCUGGUUGAAACUUGGUUAUUUCUCUUGUAAUCAAACCAUUUUGUUCAUAAUCUUCUUUUUGACUUUAACUGUUGAGGACACAUAAGCAUUAUGUGUAUAUGCUUGACAGUUUUAUAUACAAAAUAGCGAAAAUCUUGGUUCUUAUAUAUAAUAUAUAUAUACUGUCCUUAAAAUUGUGAAACAAAAUCUUUGCAAUUUGUCUACUGUCUCUUGCAGUCGAAAGAAUGUUUUCUAUUGGGUUGCACACAAUGUCAUAUUCUAAAUUAAACUUGUACAUUUUACUGUUAAAUAAAAAAAACUAAUCCACAUUUUCAA